GUUUCCUCAUAUGUAGGUUCAUGUUAUUCAUCAAGUCUGUAUCCUUAGUCAUUAGCUCUUGAAAGUUGCCUCUUGCCCUGGCCAGUUUGGCUUAGCAGUUAGAGAGACGGCCUGCGGACCAGAGAGACCUGGGUUCGGUUCCUACUAACGAUAUUCAGAUUUGAACUGCAUUUUGGAAUUCAUCUACCCUUAAAAUGCCACCAGCAGUUGGAGGUCCAGUUGGAUAUACCCCCCCAGAUGGAGGCUGGGGGUGGGCAGUGGUAGUUGGAGCUUUCAUUUCCAUCGGCUUCUCUUAUGCAUUUCCCAAGUCUAUUACUGUGUUCUUCAAAGAAAUUGAAGGAAUAUUCAAUGCCACCACCAGUGAAGUGUCAUGGAUAUCCUCCAUAAUGUUAGCUGUCAUGUAUGGUGGAGGUCCUAUCAGCAGUGUCCUCGUGAAUAAAUAUGGCAGUCGUCCAGUCAUGAUUGCUGGUGGCUGCUUGUCAGGCUGUGGCUUGAUUGCAGCUUCUUUCUGUAACAGUGUACAAGAACUUUACUUAUGUAUUGGAUUCAUUGGAGGUCUUGGGCUUGCAUUCAAUUUGAAUCCAGCUCUGACCAUGAUUGGCAAGUAUUUCUACAAGAAGCGGCCAUUGGCAAAUGGACUGGCGAUGGCAGGCAGCCCCGUGUUCCUCUCUACCCUGGCUCCCCUCAAUCAGGCUUUCUUCGGUAUCUUUGGCUGGAGAGGAAGUUUCCUAAUUCUUGGAGGCUUCCUACUAAACUGCUGUGUGGCCGGAGCCCUGAUGAGACCAAUAGGGCCCCCACCGGCCACUACAGAGAAAUAUUCUAAAGAAACUUUUCAGGAAGCUGGAAAGUCUGAUGCAAAAGUGGCAGGUGAUGCAAAUACAGAUCUCAUUGGAGGAAACCCUAAAAAGGAGAAACAGUCAGUCUUCCAAACAAUUAAUAAAUUCCUGGACUUAUCCCUGUUCACUCACAGAGGCUUUUUGCUAUACCUCUCCGGAAAUGUGCUCAUGUUUUUUGGACUAUUUACUCCUUUGGUCUUUCUCAGUAGUUAUGGCAAGAGUCAGCAUUACUCUAGUGAGAAGUCUGCCUUUCUUCUUUCUAUUCUGGCUUUUGUUGACAUGGUAGCCAGACCAUCUAUGGGACUUGUAGCCAACACAAAGUGGAUAAGACCUCGAGUUCAGUAUUUCUUUGCUGCUUCUAUUAUUGCAAAUGGAUUGUGUCAUCUGACAGCACCUUUGUCGUCCACCUAUGUUGGGUUCUGUAUUUAUGCAGGAGUUUUUGGGUUUGCAUUUGGGUGGCUCAGUUCAGUAUUGUUUGAAACAUUGAUGGACCUCGUUGGACCCCAAAAGUUCUCCAGUGCUGUGGGAUUGGUGACCAUUGUGGAAUGCUGUCCUGUCCUCCUGGGGCCACCACUUUUAGGUCGUCUCAAUGACAUAUAUGGAGACUACAAGUACACAUACUGGACCUGUGGCAUAAUUCUCAUUGUCGCAGGCAUCUAUCUCUUCAUUGGCAUGGGCAUCAAUUAUCACCUCAUGGCAAAAGAACAGAAAGCAGAGAAGCAGCAGAAAAAGGAAAGUAAAGAGGAAGAGAUCGGUAUAGAUUUUGAGAAGCCAAAAGAAAUUACCAACACAGCGGAAUCGCCAGAGCAGAAAGGCACCGAAGGCAGCCCCAGAGAGGAGGAGAGUCCAGUCUGAACCCAUGGGGCUAAAGGGUAAAUGGAGCAGCUUGUGACCCAAGAUACCUGAAAAUGUUCUGCUGGUCUGUAAUCUCCCAGUGGUGCUCAAUGCAAAUAGUGGACAUUUAUGUGGAAAUCCUACCCAGGUGUUCCUUGAUGGAAUUUUUUUUUCACUCCUUACCAUUAGUCCAAAUUUAAAAUGCUAUAUAUAUCCUUUGGGGAGGGAGUGGUUGGCAAAGAAUGAGGGAAAGAAAUUGGAUAUGUUCUUUUUUUUUUAUCUUAGCUUUUAACAAUGUCAUGAAGAUUAUAAUAUGUGCCUUAAGUUUUAGUCUUUAAAAUUUUUAAGGAGCCUUAACUUUUCAAACCAUUCUGCUGACUUUGUCUGUUUUAAGUGUUUUGUUACAAAGAAAAAUAACUAACUUGUUCAAAGCAAAUCUAAAAUUUAAAACUAAUCUUGCUUCAGUAUUAUUUGUAACAUAUUGUCAGACAUUAUCACUGAAAGACUGAAUAGAAAUACUGGUUGAAAGCUGGGAGUCUUAUAAAAUCCUCACUAAAAUAUUUUCCUAGCAUCAGUAGUUGCCUGACAUAUGUGCCUGCCUGCUAUAUAUUUAGGAAACUUAAGGCAUAAAUUUUUGGAAAUAUCGUGGCUAUUCUAAACACAUUGUAUUCAUCAACACCCCUCUCGUAUCUAAGGAUGCUUAUUUGAAGUCAAGCUCUUGAGUUGAUUUCAUUAAAAUAUUAUUUCUGCGCCCCUUUGCAAAGACAUAUUUUGAGUGUUUAUAGUCAGUGUCCCUUUCGAGAUUACUUAAUAUUAUUUUUUUCACUGUAAAAGUUAGUAUUAAAAUAUGCAAAACUAUGUUUGUGCCUCCUUAGUAAAUCCAACAUCUCUAAUUAAAUGUAGGCAGAUAUUUCAAACAGCAGCUGAAUUCAGCUUAGGUUUCUCUGAAACCUCAGUUAAACUGUGAGAUUUAGAAUCUUUUUGUUGUUUUUCCUGGAUUUUUUUCCUCCUUUGAUUCAUAGUGGUUCCAUUUAUGUCUGUGUCUAGCUUAGGGCUGUGUGUGAGAUAUUUGGUUUGUGUGUGUUUUGGUGGGGUUUUUUUAUUUUUAUGUUUGCUCAUUAAAGAGAGCCAGAGAGAUUUGGCCCCAGGCAAACCUCUAAGGAUAAGAUUGGGAGAGAAGUUGCUGAGUGUUAAUAGUUUAAUAAAUAACUCCUUUUUCUGAUAAGUUUUUGUUUUUUUUUAAUCCUUACCCGAGGACAUUAUUUUUUUUCUUUUAUCUUCAGAUAGAACAGGAGGGAGAGAGGGAGGAAGAGAG